AUGGAGCAGUUCCAGCUGAAACAGGCAGAAUCUCCUAGUUUAGUUGUGGCUGAUUCUUUGACUUCUAUGUCUAAUUUAGUUGCCCAUAGCAUUGAGUUACUUCAUGGCCAUCUCGACUUACCAGAUGUUGGAUACGGAAAUGCUGUUGAGAGUGGCGACACCAAUAAGCACUUUGAAGCCUGUUCCCAUUGUUUGAAUGAAGAAGUCAGCUGUACAUCUCAUGAAACUUCCCAUCCAUACUGCUUACAGAUUCCUCAAGCUCAGUUUUCACUAGCACUUGCAAUAUUGACCUGCAUGAAACUCUCAUUGUCUUUGGAGAUUCUGGUGUUUAUGUCUGCAAAGGUUAUGUCUAUGAUGUAUGUCAUUUUUGACCUGAAGGCAGAAGGCCUGGUUAAGGCAGUGAAAGAACCAGUCGUGUCUGGUCGACCAAGGUCCUGCGAGAUGCUUUCAUUUCCUACGUACGAGGCCUUGAAACUUGAAAGCUUUUUUAGCUUUGUGCCAAUCAGGACGUCUCUUUCUGAUCCAAAAUUCGCCGUCCUCGUUCGUUAUGGAAUUCAGCGCCUAGAGGCCGUUUAUUGUUGUCGUGCCUAAUGCAAACAAAAAGAUGACGAGGACACCACCAAAGCUUAAAUAACGGUCUCUUUUGAAUUUUUCUUCUUCGUGCAGGGACAUGGGAUGCAGCCCAGUAAAGUCCAAGCUCCGAACUGGAUCCAAACAUCAGGCCCACUUAAUAGAUAUCCAGACCCAGUCAAUUAUCCAAACACCAGCCGUCUCAA